AUGAAGUUUUGUGCAAAUCUUUCAUUUAUGUUUACGGAGACAUCUAGUAUUUUAGAGAGAUACGCUUUGGCCAAAGAAGCCGGUUUCAAAGCUGUGGAAACCGGGUUUCCUUUUGGCAAUACAUUAGAUCAAGUAAAACAAGCGAAGGAACAGGCUGGUAUCGAACAAGUUUUGAUCAAUUUAAAAACGGGAGAUGUAACGAAGGGUCAAUUAGGAGUCACUGCAGUACCCGGAAAAGAAAAUGAGUUUAAAGAGAACUUGAACAUUACAAUUGAUUAUGCUAAAGCCGUUGGUGCCAAAAAAGUUCAUAUCAUGGCCGGCAAAUUAGAAAAUGUGUGCUCAAAGAAUUGGGAGAUUUAUGAGGACAACCUCAAAUAUGCUGCAAAUAUGUUAAAAACAGAGGGAUUAAUGGGUGUCAUUGAACCAAUAAAUAGUCAUUCAGUUCCUAAUUAUUUCUUAAAUGAUUUUAACAAAGCUGUGGAGAUUAUCAAAAGGAUAGACAGUGAUCAUUUAAAGCUCCAGCUAGACAUUUUUCAUCUACAACAUAUUUGUGGAGAUCUUUCAUAUAACAUCAAAAAUCUUAUGCCUUAUGUUGGUCAUGUUCAGAUUGCUCAAGUACCUAGUCGAAAUGAGCCAAAUUCUGAUGGGGAAAUUAACUACAAGUAUAUACUAAAUCAUUUAGAAAGAUGUGGCUACUCAGAUUGGAUUGGCCUAGAAUAUAAACCUGCUGGGAACACAAAAGAUGGACUUAAAUGGAUCAAGGAGUUUGGAUACGCUUUAUAA